AUGUCUAGGUUUUUAUUAGUCAUAUCACUCUGUUAUUGUACAAUAAGAGCCAGUUUUGCUCAAGAGAUUGGGCUUGGUUCAAUUCAAACAAAUGUGCCGUGGAGAGCAGGACAUGCCUCAGUCUAUUCGAGCCCAUAUGUUAUCAUGUAUGGCGGCUCACAAGACAUAUCAAAUUCAUCCUCAACAAUAGGCUCAAACGAUGUGUGGGUUUGGGACAGCAGAAACGGUUCAUGGUAUAAACCAACGAUUCAGGUACAAGGCGGAGUUGCCAUGCUACCACAGAUCUACUUCAAGGCGACGACCUUACCUAGUCAAGGUCAAGUAGUAGCACUUGUCAGCAACACAACAGGCGGUUCAGCUACGGGUGUACUGCAAAAGUUGGAUAUAAAUAGUUGGUCAUGGAGUUUUCCAACAUCAAAUUUUCAAGCAUCUGCUAGAACAGUUGGAUAUACAAUGCUGACGAUUAACAAUACAAUAUACACCUAUGGAGGAUUAGCAGUGGACGCCAAUGGAUUCGCCAUGUCGAGCUCAGUGCAGAAUUCAUUGUCUCUGAUGGACGUGAAUAGCUUUCAGUGGACAACGGGUUCAAAUGGAUUGGGCUUAACUGAUCACACCACUUGCUUUAUGAAAGCAUGUAAUUGCUUGGUUACAUUUGGUGGAACCUCAACUGGUAACCCGACCGAUGUAACUGAUGCUGUCAACAUGUACGACUUGGAGAAGCGAGUGUGGAAUGUGCAAGGUAUUCAGACUGCUGUCGGUUCAUCUGUUCCAGGAGCCAGGAGACUUCACACUGCCAAUUGUCUUGAUGAUUAUAUGGUGAUCUACGGUGGUGGAACAAGCCAGCCAGCAGACACCGAUGUGUGGAUUCUGAAUGCAACACUGUACCCAACACUCACAUGGCAAAAGAUGACCAUAGCAAAUCAAAGCCAAGGACCAAAUUUGCGCAUGGGGCAUUCAUCCGUGUUGGACGAAGCAAACAAGAAACUAUACAUGUUUGGCGGUUGGGGUGUCAGUGCCACCAACGACUCCAAUGUCUAUGUCUUGGAUUUGAAUCAAUGGAGCUGGACUCGCGUAGCCACCACUGGAUAUCCACCAAAUGCCAUCCCAUCAACCAACACAACGAGCCCUAGCAACAACAAUGAGCCAUCCACCCCAAACAAAUCAAACGCAGGCACGAUUGCAGGUGCUGCUGUGGGCGGCGUUCUAGGUCUGCUGUUAAUUAUAGCGGCUGCAUUGUUCUUUAUUAGAAAGAAAAGACGACAAAGAAACGAGCGAGACAUCAAAGACGAAGUGUCAGAAAAUAUCAGCACACCCACACACCAUCACAAGGACAACCCGUACUCGUACAAUCCCGGUGGAUUCUACUCGACAAACGACAGCGAUGACGAUGACAACGAUGAAGCAUUUGCAGUCAGUAACAAGCGCAUGUCAAAAGCAUGGACAGGCACAAUGAGCACACAUCACUCGCAAAGACGAUCAGAGAUUGGUGAUUCCGGCAGAGUUUAUACCGGCAUGCUGGAAGCUUACAAUGAUGAUGGAACAGUCGCUGCUACUCAUGGUUCCAAAAGUCCCCGCGAAUCGUUCCGAAAUUCCAAGGUUUUGCUGGUUUCACCAACCACAGAGUACAGUGGACAAGGUCAAGUGCCAAAUGAAAUCAUCUCACAAAAGCCCAAUGAAUUCUCUGUGCCUGUUCCAAGGAAGCAGCAGCCUGUGCAACACUUGAUUUCCUCUGCUGAAGAAGGCCCCAAUAGCUCUUCAUUGGACGUAUUGAGGAGCAUCAAGACGAAUGCCAGCAGCAUGAUGAAUCACACUGGAAACAGUCAGUCAGGAGCAGCAUUCAGAAAGAGAGGCGGUGGAGUGCCUGUGACACAUGCUACAGCGAAUGAGGAGGACGAAGAUAACUGGACAUUUGCAGACUCGCUCUCUGUAAAUCCCUACAACAACACAGGAGACAAUGCGCCUCCAAUUCAGUAUAUUCUGCCCAACUCUCACCAACUGAGCACAGCGACAUCCACGCAAACAUGGGACACAAAAGACGCUCAACAGAGACAAUCGCUUGUACAUCAUCAUCACACCAACAACAGCUUGCAAUACCCUUCUUCCACAUUAAACAUGCCUAUGGCACAGACGGUAACACCACCGACAUCCACAAACAAUAGCAGCAGCAGCAAUGUUGCCAGUUCCAGCACCAACAACCAAGUAGACAUCUACAAUUCUAUCAGUCCAUUGGAUGCACUCGCUUCUUUGGGUCAGCAACAACAACAGCAACAACAGCAAUUGCACCAAUUCAAUAAUGAUACGCCAAGCAGUAGUACACACAAUUCUGCCAUGGUCAAAUCGAUUCGUGAUACAUCGGGUAAAGGCAUCAUCACUGCCGAUGUAACCAAUACCGUCACUGCUUCUUCUUCCACAACGCCCGCCUCCUCAUCGACAACCGCCUCUUCAUCCACAUCACAGCCAAACGAUCAAAAAUUCUUGCCAUUAGCACCACUCAUUUCUGCAUUGCCUCGUCGAUAUCAACUUGACAAGACAAAAUCACCCAUCACAGGCCCUACCAACAACAUUCUCUUUGUUACCAAAGAAGACAAGGCUGUCGUCGCUGUCAAAUCAUUUGGCAGACGAGAAGCUUGGGAGAGAGAAUGCCGCAACUUGAUCAAACUGAAAUCACUCUGUGUUGUAGAGAUAUUGGAAGUGCUGACCAUACAAGGCGAGCCAUCACACAUGGACCAAGAAAACCAUCCAGAAGAAGAUGAAGGCGGUAUUCAAUAUGUCACUGUCAUGGAACGUUUGGACGAAACGCUCAGUAGUUAUAUCAGACACAACAGCAAGAAGCCUACCAGUAUUGCAACUAAUGGCAGCAUUGCUAGAGACAUUCUGCGUUGCUUGUCCUGGUGUCAUAGCAACGGUAUUGCAUUCUGUGAUUUGAAACCUAGCAACAUCAUGCAUCAUUAUGACCAGCCUUGGAAACUAAUCGAUUUCGAGGCAAGUCGCACUAUCGACGAAGAAUGCGUUGGUGUCAUUACUCCUAGGUAUUGUCCACCUGAGGUCGCUCGUGCCACUACCUAUGGUUUAGAAGGCGCGAAUGGUGUUGUAGCUACGGCUAGUGUUGAUUUAUGGUCAUUAGGCUGCGUCAUUUAUGAACUGGAAACCAAAAAGGCAUUGUUUGCUAGCAAUAUCAAGGACGAAACCAUACUUCAUUUCGUAUCUCAUCCUUCACCGUCAACACCUAUUCUCAACAACGGUCUUCGCUGGAACGAAAAUAAGGAAUUAGAGAUCCCUCAACUUGAAAGACUGAUUCCCAAUGCACAUACUCGACAAUUAAUUAAAACCCUGCUGAGCAGAGACCCUAGCAAGCGAGGAUCUGCCCCACAAUUAUUGGAGGACCCGUAUUUUUCUCAGUAA